AUGAGCUGCUUGGAUGUCAUGUACCAGGUGCUGGGAGCGCAACCGUACUUCACCUCCUACACCCCCUACCACCACCACCACCACCACCACCACCAGCAGCUGGCCUCCGACGCCAAAACAAUGCAAGAGAGCGGGCGCCCCCCCGCCAUCAAGGAGGAGGAGGAAGAGGACAAGGAGCCGCCCCCAGGGGCCCAGUACCUGAGCGCCCGCUGCGUCCUCUUCACUUACUUCCACGGGGACAUCGGCGCCGUCGUGGACCAGCACUUCAGUCGCGCCCUCAGCCUGCAGGCCUCCUCCGUCAAGACCCCCAAAGACGGUUGGUUCCCGAUGAGCCAACGAAAUUUCCCGCCGUCGUUCUGGAACGGUUCCUACGCGUCCGGCGUGCCGUCGUCGCUGGCCGGCGCGCUGUCGGCGCCCCACUCGGAACUGGCCCCCUUCGCCGCGGGGGAACCGUACGGGCCGCCGUCCUUGCACGGCCACCCCGACGCCUGGCACCCUUACUCGCUAGGCGCGCAGGGCUCGGCGUACGCGCGGCACGAGGUGUACGGCGCGGCGUUCGAUCCCCGCUACGGCUCCCUGCUGGUGCCGUCCGUGCGGCCCCACCACCGGCCGGCGACGGGCGGCUCGCCCUGCGACCCGGGCGGCAAAGGGGAGUCGGCCGUCGCCUGGAGCGGGACUUUCUCCGGGGAAAUCGGAGUCAACGCGGACUCGGGUAUGCCCACGCAGGACAAGAGCAAGGACUUGUACUGGUUCUAG